AUGGAAGCCAGCAGCCAUUGGAAUACUGGCUUCUUUAACGGCAGCGGCUCUGGGGUAGAAUUAAGGAACAGCUCCAAUUUCAGCUCCCAGUUUACUGGUGUGCAGCUGAUCCAGUCUUUCAAACCUCUGAUCAUCCCCUGCUACACCUUGGUGGUGCUUGUUGGCAUCUUUGGCAACUAUCUUCUUCUUUAUGUCAUCUGCAAGACCAAGAAAAUGCACAACGUCACCAACUUCUUCAUUGGGAACCUGGCCUUCUCAGAUAUGUUGAUGUGCGCAACCUGCAUCCCCUUUACCCUUGCAUAUGCUUUCAACCCCAAGGGGUGGAUCUUUGGGAAGUUCCUGUGUUACUUUGUGUUCCUGAUGCAACCCAUGACCGUCUAUGUCUCUGUUUUCACACUUACUGCCAUUGCUGUGGACAGAUAUUACACCACUCUGCAUCUCCUGAGGAAACGUAUCUCAUUUACAACUUGUGUGUAUGUCCUUGGUGGGAUUUGGCUGCUCUCGUGUUCCCUGGUAGCUCCAGCUGUUGCCCACACCUACCAUGUCGAUUUCCAGAAGGAAGGUUUUGCCAUUUGCGAGGAGUUCUGGAUAGGAGAAGAGAGGGAGCACCUGGCCUAUGCUUACAGCACCUUGAUCAUCACCUACAUCCUGCCUCUUUCAGCUGUCUCUCUCUCCUACAUCUGCAUCACCAUCAAGCUGAAGAACCGCGUCGUUCCGGGUCAUCCAACACAAAGCCAGGCAGAAUUUGACCGCCUGAGAAGAAGGAAGGUCUUUCGCCUCCUGGUGUUGGUGGUGGCUGCUUUCGCUGUCUGCUGGCUCCCCAUUCAUCUCUUCAACAUCAUCCGUGACAUCAACAUCAACCUCAUUAACAAAGAAUACUUCCUUCUGUUGCAGUUGCUCUGCCACUGGUUUGCCAUGAGCUCUUCCUGCUAUAAUCCUUUCCUUUAUGCCUGGUUGCACGAUCGCUUCCGAAGUGAGUUGAAAGAAAUGUUCACCUUCAAGAAGAAGAUAAUCCCUGCCAAUAAUUGUGUUGCAGUCAGUGUUAUGCUUUAG